UUUAGUUAUAGUUUGAUUGUGAUUACGUUCACUUUGCGUGCGAUUUUAAUCCGAGAUUCUUGUUGCAAAUUUAAUUAAAUAAAAACAUAUCCACUAUAAAAUAAAUUUUCGCGCAGUUAAGUUUUGGAUGAAGUAAAGUGAUUUUAAAUCCUAGAUGGGGUAAAUGUUUAGUUUAAUGAAGUGAAACGAUGUGAAUCAAGAUAGUUUUUAUUCAUCCGAAACAUUUUUAAAACCCAACAUCUUUUUUUUUUACAUUUGUAUACAAAAAUAUUCAGUUAAUUGAAUAAGAUAAUAAAUCGAACGAUAGUAAAUUUAAUUUUAAAAGAAUAAAUUAUUUAUAUAACGAAUUGAAAUGCAUGAGUUGUUUCACCGAGCAGAUUUCAUGAUGUCAUUGAAGAUGGUGAUCUUUCUGGCAGCAACAAGUUGUGUCUAUCAGAUAACCAAAGCCAGUGAAGCAAUAGGUACUGGCGGACCUAGCUUGGUUAUGGAAGGCAAAGAUGCAUUACUUACGUGCGUAGUAACACAACCAUAUCUCAACAACACAGUUCUGUGGAGAAAAGGUUCAAAAGAAAUUAUGUCUGCUGGAAUGAACAGAGUUACACAAGAUACCCGUAUAAGAGUUCUGCACGAUGAAAAUCCUAAGGCUAAGACUGGAAGUGGAGGUGAUGUCUGGGUUUUGCUCAUUAAAAAUACAAAACCAUCCGACACCGAUAUCUAUGCAUGUGAAGUAAAUUCCGAUCCAGUAAUACGGAGUUUCCAAAGCUUAACUGUUCGAUCGUUGGUUAAGGGUCAGAAAAGUGAAAAAGAAGACGAAAAUUCAACCCAAAUUGCUCAAACUGAUAUAAAUCCUAUUACACAGCAGUUGUCUCAUGACUUUACAGAUUGUUGUGAAUCAAAAAAUGUUUCGAAAGAAUGUAUUGGAUUUUGUAACGUGCACAAUAUUAUUGAUGGAACCACUGGUGUUGAGCCAGAGGUUUGUGAAAAAGAUUUCCCAGUUAUUGUUAAGUGCAUGGCCGAUGGUCGCAACCAUAUACCUUGCUGUGAGCAAAAAGGAAUUCCAGACAUUUGCCAGGACAUGUGUCGAGGAGAAUAUACUCCGUUUACGGAUCUGUUAAGGACAAGGGUUUCGUGUAUACAACAUACUCUUCCCGGAUUACAGUGUAUUUUGGAAGGUGUUCAAAAACUUCCAAGUUCUCCUACGGACGUUUAUGCAGAGACAACUACAGACACAUCGCUCGAAAUUGGCUGGUCACCACCAGAAAAACUUGCAGAAACCGUUACCUAUUAUUCAAUUAAUGUAUCGGCCUUACACAAUUUUGAUCCUGACAUUCUUCCAGCAAAUAAACAAACUCCUGCUAUAAAUAUCAAAGUUUCAAGUGACUUGGAAAAGUAUGUUGUGAAUGAAUUGAAGCCUUUAACAAUGUAUUCAGUCACAGUAACAGCUCACAAUGAGCACGGCGAGAGUCUACCAAGCCAACGCGUACGUGCUUUGACUUUUAGAACAGAUGAUUCUAGAAUAAUGAACAACUCAACAGUUGUGGUGCCACAACUUCCCAAUAUAAGGGGUUGUUGUGAAAAGAACGGAAUGUAUCACCGAAUGUGUUUGGACAAAAUGUGUGACCCGAAAAAAGCUAGUUUAGCUACGUUACCAGAUUUCAUGGUAUGUGCUCCAUGGUCAAACGUAACAUUUAACUGUUUAGCCAACGAUAUUGACCAUACUUCAUGUUGCCGAACAAGGGGAAUACCAUCAGUAUGCCUGCCAUUAUGCUCUGGAAAAGUUUCAGUUCUCAAUUUUAGUUUAUUUAAGUGUUUGCGAUACAUGCCCGAUCUAAGUAGCUGCCUUCUUCAUGGUUAUGGAGUUUUGCCGGGAUAUCCAACAAGAUUGAGAGGAAUUGAGGUAUCUUCAACAUUUACAAUUUUAGAUUGGAGUGCUCCAAAGAUACGUGCUGAAACAGUAUCUCAGUAUACAUUAUUCUACCGGAAAUUGGGUGUAGAAAGCGAUUAUGCAAUGAUCCAAAAGGAUCGACCACCAUUGAUAUUGGAAGAUUUAGAGCCUGGAACAUAUUAUGAAUGUUACGUUACAGCUUUAAAUGCCCAUGGACGAGGAUUGCCUUCAUCAAGAUUGGUGUUUCGUACAAAAUUCAUGGAAAAUAUAGAACAAUCAUCUUCUUCGUACAACAUAACUAAAUGUUGUCAGUCAUCACAGCUCAACCCACAGUGUUUACCACUCUGUUCUUACAACAUGAAGCUCAGUGAUAUGCAAACUCUAGGAGCGGUAUGCCAAACUCAAAUGGCAAUAAUAGUUAAAUGUGCAGUAGGAGGUAGAGAUCACGUACCAUGCUGUAAUAGAAGAGGUGUAUCGCCUAUGUGUGCUCCUCUGUGCCGUGGAGUUUUACCAACAGCUUCCUCUCAUUUAACAUCAUCUGAAUGUCUAUCCUUCGCUGGAAAUAUUUUACAAUGUUUUGAAGAGGGAACGGAAAACAUACCUGGGCCAGUAGAAGAUAUGCGCGCUAUAGAAGUUACAGACAGUACCAUAUCCUUAGAAUGGUCACCACCCACGGAAAGUUUAGAAAACACAACAACGACCUAUGAGUACAUAGUUCAAUAUGGAAAAGUUAGCAACAUGACCAUGUAUGAAACAGUAUUUAAGUUAGAAAACGAAAUUCACACCAAUGCGACCUCUUUAAAACUUUCAUCAUUAGAAACAUCAUCUCUCUAUAGAAUACUUGUAAUUGUGAGUGGAGAGCAUGGAACUUCGUUACCAUCAUCGAUGCUUGUUAUCAACACUACUAGUUCAAAUGAAUUGAAUAACUCCAAGGGUACAUUUGGAGUUCCAUCACCUCCACAUUCGUUGCAAGUUUCCUCACAUAGUGCUGAUUGGGUUACAAUUUCAUGGCAACCGCCAGAAUUUUCACAUCCUCAUGAAUCAAUUUCAUACAGAGUAUAUCACAAGGCAACCUUAUCAAGUGGAUUUUCUAUUAAGAGUACCAGAAACUUGUGGACACGCCUUGAUAAUUUAAGACCUAAUUCACAGCACAUUGUGUAUGUUGAAGCAAUAGGUGAGAAAGGAGUAUCACUAGCUUCGGAAACCCUAGUUGCAUGGACGGAUCCAGCUUUGCCAGCCUUUGUGGAAACUCCUACGGUACAACCUUCAGACAUUAUUGCUGAAGGUGGAUCUAUGACAGUUCUUUGUUUGGCUCUUGGGAAUCCUGCACCUACUAUUUCAUUGUAUGUCGGUGGUCACUUAGUUCGCCAAGAUAAAUCAAGGAAUAUGGUGACUGUCAUUCAUAACGUUACAGCAGAUAUGGAGCAUGUUUCUUGUUAUGCAGACAAUGGUUAUGGAAUGCCAAUGCAGGCGACAAGAAAAAUAAACAUAAGCUAUCCACCCAGAGUUCAAGCUUCCGGUAUAACCGUCGCUGGUAUUGGAGAAUCUGUGGACUUAAAGUGUGCAGUCAGAUCAAUACCAAAUCCUAAAACUAUGUUUUGGCGUGAUAAAGAUGGACGAAUUCCUAUCAUGCAAGGAGGAAAUUAUGAUAUAUCAUUUAAAAGCAAUGCUUCAAAUCCUUCCCAAAGCACAAUGAUUCUCCACAUCCUUAACUUGCAAGCAUCUGAUGUUGGAGAUUACUUCUGCCAUGCAGAAAAUGCUCUCGGAUCAGCCACUAGUCCAGUUUCAGUAAGAAUACGUAGUGCGCCUUCAGUAAACAAUAUUACUGAAUGUUGUUCAAAUCAAAACGUCUCUUCAUCUUGCAUGAUUGCUUGCGGAUUUUACGUUGAUAUAGAUGCAGUGAUUAACAAACCGGAAUGCAUAGUUGACUUUAAUAAAUUGAUGAGGUGUGCUGCUGAUGGUUCAGACCACCGAAAGUGUUGCGCAGACAGUAAUGUGCCACGCAAGUGUCUAAAUUGGUGCAGAGGGGAAUCCGUUCUAAAUGCCGAAUUGUGUAGUCUUCAAUAUACAAGAACAAUAGUUGGAUGCUUCGAGUCCAAUAGGGACAAAUUACCAGGACCGCCUCAAAAUCUAGCAGUGAAUGUAGUGUCUGAUAAUGAAGUUAAAAUUAGUUGGGACCCGCCAUCGAAAAAUCCAGACUCCGUGGAUGGUUACAGAAUAUUUUAUCAUGAAGCUGCUGUUAGUGAGACUGUAGAUCAAGCAAUUAAUUCUACCGAAGUAAAAAGAAUUGAUGUUAUCGAUACCAAUGUUAAAAUCGAUGGUCUUAAGCCAGAAAUUCUGUAUGAGUUGGUAGUAAAAGCUGGCAAUAAGUUUGGGGCUAGCAUUCUCACAGUACCAGUUCGGUUUACCAUUGGCGAUAUUGAAUCAAAGUCUGCAUCAGAUGCUAGUACUGCAGGUACAAUAAGUGGAAUUAUAGCUGGAACAUUUGCCAUUAUACUUGCAGCUUUGGGACUUUUCUUCUAUAAACGGAGAAGAACCCUUGACAAAGCUGCUAGUGCAGUUGCGUUUGAAAAUCCAAGUUACCUAAGAGGUGUUGAGCAAGUUCAAAUAGCAACUACGCAAACAAAUGUUACAUCACCAUCUUCAACGGUCACUAAGCAGACACAAUCAAAAACGGGAAGCAGUUCAAAAAAAUUACCAAUUUCUGAAGUUUCAAAAAAUCGCUUCGUUACAGCUGUUCAAGCUAUUGGAAGCACAAACCCACCACAUUAUGAGGAAUUAAAAUUUGGCCAAGAAGGCUUAUGAAUUUUAAAAUAGUCAAAGCAUCUAGUCACCAAUUUCAUAGCAUGUGACGAGUCCUUGAAGGAAACACAAAAAUUUGAAAAAUUCAAUUUACAUUCUCAAAAAUCGAAACUAACCACCUGGACACAUCACCGUUUUUGAUAUGAGCAUAUUUAAAUAUAGUAGAUAAUAGUAUAAGAAGAGAUAUAAAAUUAUUACGUUCUAUGGUAAUGGUUUGAAAAAAAAAAAAAAAGAAA